CUUAACCAAGUGUGAAGCUCCUCUUCCGCCGGCCAAAUCAGCUCGCAUUGAAUCUCAAGCAAUGCUGGCGCUCGCAUCCAGCCUGAUCCUCUGUUACGCCACGGUCACCGUCGCCAAUCUUCUCUUUCACGGCCCGUAUGCUAUGGAUUUGGAGUCUCUGGAAGACUGUGACGAUCCAGAAUAUAAAGAUUUACUGGACUGUAACGUUCAUCUUGUGCAGCUCAACAAUGGCGACAUAGUGUACCAGGGAAAUCUCACGUUCAACUUUGACAUGGAUGAUCCUAAGCUUCUUACAAAGUGUUUGUUCUACACAUGGGGCACUACUGGUGGCUGGUACUACUCCUACAGCCAUGAUGUGUAUGACGUCAUGGAGUUCACAUCGAAGAAAUUUCCCAAGACUUUCCACAACACUUACUCUGCUAUGGGUGUCUCCGGCAAACCGAUGAAGGCUGGUACGUACCCCUUCCGCAACUUCUCCAUGGAGGACCAUCAGCUGGAGAACUUCCCCAUACUGCCGUACGGUCGCUUCCGCCUCGUAAUCUACUUCAGCAAGGACGACAAACCACUAGGGUGCCUCGACAUUCAGAUCCGAAUCAGAGAAAAGGAAAACGUAGGUUCUCUAGUUUCUUCGAUUCUUGGCUGAAGGCUCACUUUCAGCAUACAUCCGGACACCGUAAAGCGCCUUUGCCAGAAGUGAAAUAUAAAGAGCCUUCAAUGACUUAAAGAUAAAUGGCACAGCUUGAUGAUGACGUAUUUUGUCACCAAUGUACUUUGCUGCUUUGAGUAAUAAAAGUACGCUGGUUUUCUAGAUUGAAAAAAAUUUGAUGAAAAAUCCGUGUAGCAUGCGCCAAGGAGACUAACACGU